AAUCGAGGAUGGGCGUGGCUUUAGGCGCGCACAGCGGCGAGGUUCUGCGCGGGCGCGGAAGACGGGCAGCGCGUGGCGGAAGGCAGGCUUGCUCCUCGGGGUGGGGGAGGGUAUCCGGCUUAAGGGGCCUGCGGUGGACGCCACUUCUUAAUGUCGGGGGUCUUCGCGGGGCUCACCUCGGCUCCUAGGGUUCGGGACGGUACGCACCAGCCACCUUCGCGCCAGAGGCGGUAGGGCGCCACGGAGAGGAACCGCUCUAGGCACGUAAGGCCUCGUGAGGUUGCGUCGCGCGCGGAGCACUCUGGGACUUGUAGUUCUGGAGAUGGAGCGAGCUGUGCCGCUCGCGGUGCCUCUGGGUCAGACAGAGGUGUUCCAGGCCUUGCAGCGGCUCCAUAUGACCAUCUUCUCCCAGAGCGUCUCACCAUGUGGGAAGUUUCUGGCGGCUGGCAACAAUUACGGGCAGAUUGCCAUCUUCAGCUUGUCCGCUGCUUUGAGCUCAGAAGCCAAAGAGGAAAGUAAGAAGCCGGUGGUGACUUUCCAAGCCCAUGAUGGGCCCGUCUAUAGCAUGGUUUCCACCGAUCGACAUCUGCUUAGUGCUGGGGAUGGGGAGGUGAAGGCCUGGCUUUGGGCGGAGAUGCUCAAGAAGGGCUGUAAGGAGCUGUGGCGUCGUCAGCCUCCAUACAGGACAAGCCUGGAAGUGCCUGAGAUCAAUGCUUUGCUGCUGGUCCCCAAGGAGAAUUCCCUCAUCCUGGCUGGGGGAGACUGUCAGUUGCACACUAUGGACCUUGAAACUGGGACUUUCACGAGGGUCCUCCGGGGCCACACAGACUACAUCCAUUGCCUGGCACUGCGGGAAAGGAGCCCAGAGGUGCUGUCAGGUGGCGAGGAUGGAGCUGUUCGACUUUGGGACCUGCGCACAGCCAAGGAGGUCCAGACGAUCGAGGUCUAUAAGCACGAGGAGUGCUCGAGGCCCCACAAUGGGCGCUGGAUUGGAUGUUUGGCAACUGAUUCCGACUGGAUGGUCUGUGGAGGGGGCCCAGCCCUCACCCUCUGGCACCUCCGAUCCUCCACACCCACCACCGUCUUCCCAAUCCGGGCGCCACAGAAGCACGUCACCUUCUACCAGGACCUGAUUCUGUCAGCUGGCCAGGGCCGCUGUGUCAACCAGUGGCAGCUGAGCGGGGAGCUGAAGGCCCAGGUGCCUGGCUCCUCCCCAGGGCUGCUCAGCCUCAGCCUCAACCAGCAGCCUGCCGCGCCUGAGUGCAAGGUCCUGACAGCUGCAGGCAACAGCUGCCGGGUGGAUGUCUUCACCAACCUGGGUUACCGAGCCUUCUCCCUGUCCUUCUGAUCUCCGACGACACCCCCAGCCAGCUUAGGGUUUUAGAGUGUUUUUCAUUUUCUUUUCUUUUUUUUUUUUACAAUAAAGUUGCAGGCUUUUUUA